GAAGGAUUUUCCACUCGAGUUGCUGUAAAUCCCCCCCGGGUCAAGCUCGCUCCACACUCUCGGGGGCUUUGUCUCAGCAACAGCAGCAACUGCAACCAAGUAAGCAGUGCUUGAGUCCCUGUUUUGCUCGCAAAGUAGGAUGGAUUUAGAGGCAGAGAUCCCGGUGUCAAUGCCUCAGCCGAGCUACCUUCAUGACUCGUCCAACAAGUUGAAGCUCAUGGCCAGUGGUGCCAACGGAGUCACGCCCGUCACAGCCGUGGAAGAAGCCGCGGCAGCAGUGGUUGCAGCGUCGCGAGCUACUUUCGCUGAGCCCAUCCUAGCACAACCUCUUGCAGCCGGAACUCCAAACACCGCCACCACCACUAAUGGCUCCAAAGUUGAGCCGAGCAAGAAGCCGGUGCGGUACAGGGAGUGCCUCAAGAACCACGCCGCUGGCAUCGGUGGUCAUGCUCUCGACGGCUGCGGAGAAUUCAUGCCCAGCGGAGAAGAAGGCACCAUCGAGUCGCUCAAGUGCUCGGCCUGCGACUGCCACCGGAAUUUUCACAGACGAGAAGUCGAAGGUGCCAAGGACGUGAUGUCCAAGAAGAAGCCAUCGUCAGUCCUCCCGCUGCAGCAACACGGCUCUCCACUGGGUUCCAUGGCCCGCUCCCCGGGAGCUCUCGUCGCGCUGAGUAAUUCCGACCAGUCGGAUGAUCACGAUCUUGGAGCUCAGCACCAGACCACGUACAGCUUGGCUCACCACCUGAUUCCGUCUGCCAUCAAAAAGAGGUUCAGGACCAAGUUUACAAACGAGCAAAAGGAAAAGAUGUUCCACUUUGCUCACCGGCUGGGUUGGAAAAUCCAGAAGCACGACGAGGGCGAAGUGCAGCAGUUCUGUGCUGAUGUCGGGGUCAAGCGGCACGUCCUCAAGGUGUGGAUGCACAAUAACAAGAACACCUUCGGGAAGAAGAUGAGCUGAACAAGCAGCAGCCGCAGCAGCAGCAGCAGCAACAGCAACACUUGGUGUUCGUUCGUUUCGGUUUUUACGUCUCUCGUUCACGGUUGGUUUCUGGAGCAGAUUGGAAACAGGUUCUCUUUGCUCCUCCGAAAGUUUGUCAGGCUCUAAGAGAAGAGUUUCUUCAUCCUGUGCACAAACCAGAGAAGAAGAUCGUGAGGCUCAAUCAAACAAAGGCUGACAACUAAACCUCUAUGUAAGUAAAAGCUUAUAGUUCUUGAGUUCCCGCUUCUUUCUUUCCGUGAUCUACAUUCUUUAACUUCUCCUUUCAUCUAGCGACUUGCAUAUUCCUUGCCUCUCUACACACAUAUCAUACGACUGCUGUAAACUACCAGUUCCCCCCACUACUAUUCAUUUAUUUACCAUCGCUAGAAUUCCAGCAGUGCUGGGUUUCUAUCUCAAUAAAGUCAUUCUUUUUCUCUCUUUC